GCUGAAACACACCAGUUAGCACUUAGGAACUUAGCAAACAGCACGUACUGUUUAGCUAAGUUAGGCUAACUAGCAUAUCAGCCUUAAAGCUAAUGAUAGCGCAGUUUGGUGCUAAUGAGGGAGGUUAACUCCUGCUGUACUGAGCAGCAGCCGCUGUGGAACUAGCUCCUAGCUAACGGCUAGCUAGCUAAUUAUAAAGUGCAACUAACGUUCGGAGCUGUAAACGUUACCUACACGCUGUCACAGUACCUGAAACACACUGUCUGCUUUGUUUCUGGAUCCAGACUUGACUUGGAGGUGUUGCAGCAGAUGGAGUUGGCUUCAGCAGAUGACAGUGUGGAACCAUUAAUGGAGUCUCUCUUAUCCGAGUCUCCCGAGUCUCAGUCGUCAGCGAACAACAUCUCAGAACAUGAAUUUUCUUGUCAUUGUUGCUAUGACAUCUUGGUGAACCCCACUACUCUGACCUGCGGUCAUAACUUUUGUCGGCACUGUCUCGCUCUGUGGUGGGAGUCCUCGCAGAAGAAUGAGUGCCCAGAGUGCCGGGAGAAAUGGGCAGGCUUUCCUAAAAUCAACAUACUGCUGAGGGAUGCAACUGAAAAACUUUUUGGUGACGUCUUACAGCGGAGGAGAGCAGAAAUCCAGGCCAACCCCAAAAUCUCCCGGAGCUUGUUUGCCUUCCAGAGAUAUGGCGACAACUUGGGUAGAGCCAGGCCAAACCAGCACAAAGGAGCAGGCUUCUUCUUCUCUGGAGUCCUAACAGCACUCUCAUGUGUGGCUGUGGUGGUGUUGGUGUAUCACUGGAGCAGCGGUCCGGUGGAACAGCACGAUGUGUUGAUUACCAAGGCCGUGUCUCACUGGACACCUGAGGAGGUUGUGUCCUGGCUCGAAAACCUGGGGCCCUGGGCCCAGCUGUACAGAGGACCCUUCCAGCAGGAGAACGUCAAUGGAAGACUCCUGUUGAUGCUGGGGGAAGAAGAAUUGUUGAAGUCUCCUUACAACAUUGAAAAUCCGGCUCACAGACGAGUUAUACUGACUGAACUGGAAAGAGUUAAAGCCCUGGGGGUCAAACCGCCACAGAACCUGUGGGAAUACAAGGCGGCUAAUGUGGGGAAGUCUCUGUUCUUGCUGUACGCUCUGAAGCGCUCCCCUCGUCUCACAAUCUUUUAUUUGUAUUUAUUUGACUACUCUGAGACCUUCCUGCCCUUCCUGCACACCUGUUGUCCGGCCGUCACGGAUGUCGAUCAGUCAGUGGAGAGCAGAUUCCUCAACAUGCAGGUGGAUCCCAGUUGGCAACAAUGGGCAGAGUUUCUUGUGAAAUACUGCCUGCUUCCAUACCAGCUGAUUGCAGAAUUUGCUUGGGAGUGGUUGGCCGUUCACUACUGGACAUCCCGCUUCAUUAUUGUCAACGCCGUGCUGCUGUCGGUCCUUGAAGGUUGUGCCCUGUGGAGGCUCUGGGCGCGAGCCAGGAUCAGGACUCUGCCACAUAUGAUGUGGAACCACUUGUGGAAAAUGCUAACUCAGGGAUUUGUAUUUGCCCUUCUGUGGCCUUUUGUCCCGCAAUUUGUGUGCAACUGCCUCUUCUACUGGGCGCUCUACUUCAGUCCCAUCAUUAAUAUCGACCUGGUGGUGCAGCAGUUAAUACAUCCCGAAACUGCACCAUUGUGACAAACUGCAUGAAGUCGGUGCCCAAUUAAUGUGGGACAGAAUAAAUAAAAUAAUCUGAAGUCCAGUUGAAGAGAAAUGUUUAUUUUUAGCAGUAAACUCAUUCAAGACUGGCUUUGUCUAAGGUUGGGGAAUUUUUCUCACUUCUUGACCUGCCUCUCUCUCUGCUGGAUGGUUGCCAUGUUGAACAAUAGAGACACCAAAUGACUGCAGGAGAAACAAGAACCAAUGAGAUGAGAAACGAGUCAUGGUGUUUGACUUGGAUUAAUCGCUGCAGUGAUCUUUUUGCAUCCACAGUGCAUUCACAAACCACGAUGCCUAAAUGGUCCAGGGACGGUAAUCCAAAUAAGAUGCUAAACACUGGCGGCGGUAAAGCUUGGGCUCAUGAGGAGUGGCCGAAGGCUUUGUAGCCCUGGGAUGGCUGUAGUCAAAUGGAACGUGAGGGCUUUAUUUUUUAUUUUAUUGAACAUCUGUUAUCAAAUGUCAUUCUGGCACAUAAUCCACAUUGAGAAAAAUGACCUUGGGCUGCUUCACAAGUACCCAUCUAAGAUCUGAAGCCGCAUAGUUGCAUAUAAAUCACUGCAUAAAUUCUGAUGCAUUUCUUGCAUUUUUCACUGUGAUUGUGAUCUCAGUGCUGCAGAGAGUCUGAAGGUCAUCCUGUGAUGUUUAGUAACGUGGCUGAAAAGUGUCACAUCGGGGUUUGUAGUUCAGCAGUCUGUUAGGACGCCUUUCCAAGUGCAAACUGACAGUUCAGUGAAGCUGUUCUCUCAAGUUUGUUCCAGCACUCGCCUUCACAACAUAUGUGAUGCUUAGAUUUGAAAUGUUAAUGUUUUUAAAAUUUAAGUAGCUAAUACAGAUUUUUACUUUUUUAUCAUUUUUAAGGAGAACCUGUUUUUAUUUGCUGACAGAUGUUGUGUUGCACUUAAAAAAUUUUUUUAAUUCAAGUUGUUCAGUGUGUUUCCAUUUCAUGGGUGGACGAAGCAAUCAAAGAUUAGGUUCUUUAACACUGUUCAUUUGCACUGAAAAAAAUCCUACACUGUGAUUAUCAUUUUUUUUUUCUAUGUUCUUGAAUGACACUGACAAAUAAAGAUU